UUGGAUCAAUGGAGGAAUGUCUGGCCGAGUCAUUUAAUAUCUUCAUAGAAUACAGUUUAAAUCUACUGAAGAGACAUCGGGAUAUAUUUCCACCUUCAAAUAAAAUAGCAUUUCAUCGUCUAGAAGGAAUGUUACGAUGUUUGACUACAAUAUACAACAUGAAAGUUUUCAAGAAAACCUGUCCUUUCAUUAAGGAUAUGCAUCCAGAAAUAACCCAUGUUAUUAAGAAAGGAACAUUGGAAUGGUAUGAAAGACAGGCUACCACAUGUAGAUCUCUGGCGAAGAGAGAAGAUGAUAAUCUACAGAGUUUAUUAGAUUUAACUAAUACAUUAAAUACAGAGAUUUAUAUGGCAUUACAUUAUUUUGAUAAAGUCUUUCAGGAACAUGUGAAUGUGGGUUAUUUUCAUAUUGUUUACCGUCAUUUAGAUAAAGUGUUAGGAGAUGAACUACAUCAAGAUUUAAAGACGAUCCUACGUGAUGCUGGAUGUGAUAAAGAAAUAAAACUAAGUGACAUUGAUGAAAAUACAGCAGUUGGAACAUCUCUCUUUGAACUUUAUCUUGCCAUACAGGAAUUUACUAAAUACAGCUCACAUUUAACACCUAAAGAUCGUCAGGGUUUGAAUAUCAGUCAGUAUUUUGAAUGGUUUAGAUGUGCUGUCAGUAGAUGGCUAUGUAUUGCUCGCCAAAAAUCUUUGAAAAGAAUUAAAAAGGCAGUAGAAUUAGAUAAAGUAGCUCAAAUGGACAUGUCGGUUAAAUACAGUACAUCAGCCGUUGAUGUUUGUUGUUGUUUUGUUCAGAUCACAGAUUUUUGGAAGCAAUUAUCCUGGCCAGAUUAUGUUGGUGCUUUCCCUUUUGUAAAUAAAUUAACUGAGGAUAUUUGUAAAGGAGCAGAAUUGUAUGCUGAUUUGGUACAUGAGAAGUUAAUUAAAGCUGGCUAUUAUGAUGAAGAAGGUCAAUUUGAUGUCACAGAACAGUUAUGUAUAACCAUCAACAAUAUAGAACAAGUGCGAAGAGCCUUAAAUCCACUACCAGAUACGCUCAAUUUCUCAGAAAUUAAAAAAGCUAUUGAAAUGUCUAAUGGGGAGCACAAACAAGAAGGUCAGUCACUCAAUAAUAUAAUCAAAAGGGCUGAUGAUAUGAUGGUGAAGAAAAUAACACAAGUAGUUGACAGAGUAGCUGAUAAAAUGAGACCAGAUAUAAAGAAAGAUGUCUUCCAUUUAAACUGGGCACCAGAAUCAGUACCAGCUGAUGAUGCUAUUGGAGAUUUAUUGGAAUAUUUAGACACCAAUUUACUAACUUUAAACAAUAAUUUAUUGAAAACCAACUUUGAUAGAAUAUUGGAAUCUAUCUGGGUGGAAGUGAUGGAAGAAUUCCAGGAAGUUAUGGAGAAGGAAGAAGUGAGACCUCCAGUAUUUUACCAAAGAAUGUUUGAUGCGUUGGGAGUAUUGGUAGACUUCUUCCAUGCCAGUGGUAAAGGUCUGUCUAUGGAUGAAAUCAUUACAGAUCAAUUUCAGAACUUAAGAGAACGAUUGUCAUUACAUAAAAUGGAUACACCAACUUUAAUAGAAACUUUCUUCAAUAGUAAAUGUCAAGAUCAGACUCAACUUGAGAACAGUGAAUUUGGUAUUUUAAAUGUACGUGUCUGUUAUAGAAUGGAUGCUCAUACAUUACUUGUAGAAGUUCUUAGUGCCAAGGAUAUUAUUCCAUUAGAUGCGAAUGGAUUAAGUGAUCCGUUUGUUUUGGUUCAACUGGUUCCUGAACAUGUAUUCCCCAAUAUUCAAGUUCAAACAACCAAGGUCGUCAAAAAAACUCUCAAUCCAUUAUUCGAAGAAACUUUUGAGUUUACAAUUAAUCCUAUACAAUGUCAACGUCAUGGAGCUACUCUACUAUUUACUGUCAUGGAUCAUGAUCUAGUGUUCCAGAAUGAUUUUGCUGGUGAAGCUUAUCUUUCUAUGGCAGAGAUACCUGGUGUAGAUGGUUUAGAAGUUAGUGGUUAUGAGGCGCUGAGUAUAGUUUCCCUCCCUUUAAUGCACCCCAAACAUAAAGGUAUGGCAGAAGAAGACAAAAGGAAAAAAAAGUUAAACAGGACAUCAAAUCAUGCUGCCUUGGAAAUACUGGGAAGAAGAACCUGGGAUAAAGAUGCUCAAGAUUUUGUCAAAAAACGAAACAAAGUUCAUGAUCAAGCAGCUUCAUCAAUACCAUAAUCAUUAUAUUAUCAAUUUCAUCUGUCAUGUGCUCAUCAUCUGUCAAUCUAAUGCUCACCGUUUGUAGCCUUGUUGACUCACAUUUUAUAGACUAUUUUGUACAUGUAGCUUACAUGUGAAAAAUUUUGUCAUUCGUAACCUACAUGGUGCAUGUAUAAUUUAUAAUCUGAUCUGUGUCAAUCAAAAUGGCGCUACACCUUUAAGCCAUUCAUAAAUUAUUGUAAUAUUUAAACCCCUUCUUUUUUGAACUUGAAUUAUGAUUGCGUAUUACUUAAGUAUUUUUUUCUUGCCAAGUUCAGUAUUAUACUUAAUACAUGGCCAUCUUUUUGGAUUAAAUAUAGACUAAUGCCAAGUCUGCUCUGCAAGAUGAUAAAACAGAUUAAGUUACAGUACAAAUAGAAUUCAGUUUAGGCACAGUUCACACUGGCAUCAGUCGAGCAAAAUAUAAGUAGAUCAAACCAAAUAGUUAGAUAAAUCAAAAUUUUGAUUAUUGUCUUUACAAAAAGGCUUUCUGAAACUCUCUAGAUUAUGGCUCCAAAAAAUGUUCUUUUAAUAUGGACACUGUGGCCAGUUCAAAUGCCUAUACUGGAUGACAAUGUUGUUUUCAAUGUUCAAUUUCAAUGAGAACCACACUGAAUUAACUUGUAUUAGCAAUGAUCGGCCAAAAUAAGAACAUAGAAUUGACUUGUACAUUGUUUAGAGCAGUGAUCAGACAGAAUAUCUGUAACUGCACUUAGGUUCCGUUCAAAUGAAACCAGUUUUGUUUGAUUGAUGCAAGUGGGAAUCACCCUUGAGAGGUUUGUUUUUGAUUUGUCUAGAAGUAUUGAGUGUAGGCUGGACAAUUACCGACAUUAACGAAUCAACAACACACUAAGGCCGUAUCAACUCAACUUUACAGUGAAACAUAGACACAAUUGGUCAAAAUCAAAAGUCAGUAACAAAAAAAUCAACAAUCAUAUUUGCAUAUAGUUGACUUGGCAGUAAUCAUAUAGAAUUUGCACAUUUCUUAAUGUUUUUACAUAGUAUGAUGAUAACUUGGUUAUAGAUUUUAGUGAAUAGUGACUGAUUUAUUUAGAUUGUGUUCAAAGAAUGGUAAGUCACGUUAUAUUAUAUUAAUGAUAUAUUAUUUUAUCCAGUAUAACAUUUUAAUACAUGAUUUGUGUGAAUUGUUUCAAGCGUUGUGUGUGUGUAGCCUACUAAGUGUGUAUCAUUAAAAGUAAAUUAAAUGAAGAAUUUGUAACCUUAUAUCCUUUUUUGGGGCAUAUAAAUAUGUGUGAACUGGAACUGCGAUUAUGAUGGAAUUCAUUCAAAUUUAAUUUUUAAAAGGUUUUGAUUUUAAAUAGAAUAGCAUUCAUGAAUGUUAAUAUUAGUAACCACCUAUGGCCUUUAUUUCAUUUUUCCUUACUUGAAAUUAACCAUGCCACUUGACUCAAUGACAAACCUUAUGAUUUAAGCGCAUUGAACAAUUCGACCACACAACCCAUUCCCCACAUUUUCAAACUGAAACAACUUUCAGGGAUCAAAUUAAUGAAUGAAUUUAGCUCAUUUGAUAUAAAUUUAAAUUCCUUGUAUAUUUUUGGGUUGAAAUUUUUAAGAAUGUCCUGAUCUAGGGUUCCAUAAAUUUAACCCAGCUGGCAUUUUACAAGUAUUAUGGAAGUUUUAUUAAAUUUAUUGAAAGUAAAACUUACUUUGUGUAUAUAAUCUACUUGUUCUUAGACCACAUGUGAAUGUGAUGGUAUUGUCACUAUCCAUAAUUGUAUUUGCAAUCAAGUUCUCUACAGAUUUUUGAGAACUUGAUUUUGUUAGCCAUUCAGAAGCAGAUUAUUUUGUUAGAUCUUGCAAUCUUUGUUCACAUAAUUCUUGUCCCUGACUUGGGAAACCUUGUACACACUGUAAAAAUGGGAAGAAAAGUGAACAAGUUUAUUACAGAUCAUGCAGACAAACUUAAUCUUUAAGUGGCAUUUAGCGAUUGGAAAACACAUUAAUAGAACACAAUUUUUAUGGGAAACAAUCACUGGUUUAUUCUAAAAGCACGACGUUUCGACAAGUAUC